CACAUUGCCCCCUCGUGCACGCGGUGUUUGUGUGUGUGUGUGACCGCGCAUGUAAAUCGCUCAGUUACCACGGUGUAGCCGAGCCGCCGGUGUCCGUGCUGGGUCACUCCGCGCUCAUAAAGAGUCUGUGACCAGCGUGCGGUUUUGCGAGGUGUCUUAUAGGUCAGGAAUAUAAGCGAACCUAUGUUGUGGUUAAUAAUAGCCUACCUACGUGCGAUAGGAGUUGAGCAUUAGGUGCGAGGCGACGCGCCAAUACUUGUCCCGGUCGACGAAUCAAAUCUGCUUUUACCCUUCAGCGUGAAGUUAUAGUUGGCACAGCAUAUGGGUCCGCACCAUAUAGCUCGCUUCUCCUAUACGUUUGCAUAAUCCAAUUAAGCGACUGUAGGAGAGACAACCGCGCUGAUAGAGGCCCCCGCGUGAGUUCCAGGGGAAGACCAGCCGGCCGUGGUUUAUAAAUAGCGAUGGGCCUGCGCGUCUUUGCGCAUUUCAGAUGCAUCUGGCGCGCUCUGCGCCGUGCCAUGAUCGGCAGUGGCCUCGCUGGCUGCGAGUGGCAGUGCGCGCUCGGAAGGUGAACGGGGGUCGAUAGCUACAGCAAAGCCACGUGGACUGAAUGCGCAGUCGCGCUCCACUUGCCAAUCCGGGAGUGCGCGCUCAGCUCAGUCGAGACUCGCCAAGGCAACUCGUCGCACACGUUCGUGCAAAUCAUUUGCGUCGCUCUCAAUUAGCUCACCGUGCGUGUACGCGCGUGCGCGCGCUUGCCGUGCCAAGAGAGCAGCGCGCUUAGUUGUGCGAUGCGCGAUAACUAUCCCAGUACACAGCGCUGAUGCUAAUUUUAUUUGUGUAUUUGACGCAGCGCGUUGAAGUCCAUAAAACGCGCACACGCGUGCGUACAACAGCUUGAGUUCACAGGUAGACAACGAGUUAAAUACGCGGACUCACUGCGAGUCACUGAAAAGGCGCUAUCACUCCACCAGUAGUAGCAGCAGCAGCAGCAACGCCCCCGCAUAGAUGACCAGCACAUCGGUUUCGCUUUCAGCAGUUUCUCCGUGACUCUACGUCGAGGUCGUUCCGUCUCGAAGACGUCGCGAUAGGUAACGAGUAAGGGGGGGGGGGGGGUAGAUGGGUGGUCGGCGCUGAUUGCACCAGGCCCGUUCAGGUGCGCGAGAGGCGAAGUGAGCGGAGGAGUCGGGGCCGUGGGUGGCGGUUGUGCGAUUAAGGUGGUUCCUGUGCAGAUAACAGCCGCUGCUGUUAUCGAACUCUUAACACUCGAGUUAUUGUCCUGGUUUCGGCUCACGCGAACCAGAAUCUCAUCGCCAUCUUCUCCACCUCGACGCGUGCGUGCGUGCGUGCGAGAGAGAGAGAGCAAGCCCGCACCGAUUGAAGAAGUACUUGAGAUAAUCCGACAAAUAUCCGCAGCGGCACCGACGUCGUCAUCACGAGGGAAGAGCCGAGGAGCCCGUAGCGACCUCCCGCGCAAGGAGCUGCACGGGCCCGGACGAAUUCGUCGUGCAUUUUUUUGCUUGUUUGUCUCGUCGAGGCAAGAGCGUGCACCGAACACGCGCGGGCUACAAUGGGCAGACGGGGAGUACUGGUGGCCGAGGCGCUGUGCGUCGUGUUGGGGUGCUCCAUCACGAGGAUCCUGAGCGAGCAGGGAUGCGAGGCGACCAUCGUCGCUACCAACGCCACGGGCCCCUUCUGCAAUGCGACCCGGGAUGAGAUCGGGACGUGCUGGCCCAGCAGCGAGGCGAGUCGCGUCGUCAUAAGACCCUGCCCGGAUCGGUUCAACGGCGUGCAAUACGACACCAGCAAGAGCGUGUACCGCGAGUGCAUGGCGGAUGCCACGUGGGCACGGCGCUCCAACUACUCGCUGUGUGAGGCAAUCAUCCUGAGCAAAAGGAACAGCCAACACUACAAGGUGGCGCUUGUUGUGAACUACUUGGGCCACUGUGUCUCCCUUCUUGCACUCAUGACGGCCUUCACCAUCUUCUGGUGCCUCCGCAGGAGCAUCCGCUGCCUCCGGAACGCGAUCCACUGGAACCUCAUGACCACGUUCAUCCUGCGCAACGCCACCUGGUUCCUGCUGCAGCUCAUCGACCUGAGCACGCAGGAGCGCAACGAGCCCUGGUGCUGCAUCAUCAUCACCAUCUUCAACUACUUCCAGGUGACCAACUUCUUCUGGAUGUUUGUCGAGGGCUGCUACCUCCACACAGCCAUAGUCAUGACUUACUCCACCGACAAGCUGCGCAAGUGGAUCUUCAUCUGCAUCGGCUGGGUUAUACCCGCGCCGAUCAUCAUAAUCUGGGCCAUGGUGAAGCUGCAUUUCGAAGAUGAAAAGUGCUGGUUUGGGAAAACGCCAGGGAAGUACAUCGACUACAUCUACCAAGGGCCAAUUAUCCUCGUGCUGCUGAUCAAUUUCAUUUUUCUCUUCAACAUCGUGACGAUUUUGAUGACCAAACUACGAGCAUCGACAACCUCGGAGACCAUCCAGUACAGGAAGGCCGUGAAGGCCACGCUGGUGCUGCUGCCGCUGCUCGGCAUCACCUACAUGCUGUUCUUCGUGAACCCAGGCGAGGACGAGAUUUCGCAGGUCAUCUUCCUCUACGUCAACUCCUUCCUCAUGUCCUUCCAGGGCUUCUUCGUGUCGGUGUUCUACUGCUUCUUGAACGGCGAGGUGCGCUCUGCAAUCCGCAAGCGGUGGCACCGCUGGCUGGACAACCACGCGAUCCGGGCGCGGGUGACGAGGGCCAUGUCCAUCCCCACGUCGCCCACCCGUAUCAGCUUCCACAGUUUCAAGCGCACCACCUCCGUGUGAGAGAAACGCAGCCAACAUAUGCCCUGGCCCCUUCCCAUUCAUCUCCCCACCUCUGCCAAAACACUUCAUAUUGUAUUUUUUUUUUACCACCACCAAAAUGUAAUGACUGUAAAUUAGCCACUUGAGCAGCCGGAUGGACACGCGCGUGUAGCCUUGUGCACGCCCGGACACACGAGCGUGUACCCUUGUCCGCGCCCGGGCGGACAAGCAUCAUUGUACCAUCGAAACAUAUAACAACACACCCACCCCUGAUACGGUACACAACAAUACCAAGACAGGGAAUGCCCUAUCUGGUCGUUUUGAAUGCCUGGUCAGUGGCUAGUUAUAUAUAAAGACAAAGAUCCCGCAUAUAGUCAAUAAUAGACUGUUAGGGCAAGUGCUGUUAGUGAGCAUCUAUGAAGGGUGGCACGGCACACGAGGGGGUGGGCGGCCAGCACCGUGCCCGACCGCCUUUGUCUCCCCAGUGGCGAUGUUUAUACACCGCACCAGGUACUCAUCUGAGAUUGAGUCGAAUCAGGGGAGGCAUGGACCAGUUCAGAUAAUCGCAAUCACCGGUGUUCGCCGUGAGCGGGAACCGAACUCAGGUCACUGGGUUCGUGACGCCGUAACGCGCCAACCACUAGAACUCCCGCACACAAUCACAAAACAGUUGCACAAAUUUGAGUAAUCUUACGGGGGCGCAAGCUCGCCGCACGCACACGCAAGGUUGACACCCACCUCGCGCACUCGGUAGGCACGCACGCCAAACGCACACACUACCGCUGCGGUGCCGCCUCGCCGCAUUUGGUGGAGGAUUGAGGAUGGAGGCUGGAGGAGCGCCGGCGAUGGGGAGAAUAAUUGUUUCCCCGUGGAGUGUACGGUCCACUCAAGACGCCGGGGGGGGGGGGGGGAGGGGGGGGGGGUGAUUUGGAAGGGCGCGGAUCGUCGAGCCCCGUUGGUUUACUUGAAAAAAGAGAAGAGAGAGGCGCACGGACCCAAGCUCCACACGGCGUUCGGAGCAGGAGGCACGAGGAAUCCGCGAGGGUGAGAGGAGGAGGAGGAAGAAAUGGAGGUGUUCAAACAAAGUUGACUCUUUGAGUAGCUGGCCGUGUUUCAAGCCGCUUGAUUUUUUUUCACGUGGAAAACAAAACAAGAAAAGAGAGCUGAGACAAGAGGCCUGGAGGUCUCGUGACGAAGGUGUUGACAUGUUUUCGGUUAGUACUUUUUUAAACGCAAUAUUGUUUUGAUUUCCUUGGUUGUUAUUUGUAACUUAUCUAUACAUAAAUAAUUCCAUGGGAAGAGGAAAAAAAGACACACACACACACGCCGUGAGUCAACCCACGUUCCUUUUCUUUCCACGGCAGCGCACGUAUUGAUAGAGCGUACAAAAACGGCGUACACAAGGUCCAGAUAGUAUUGCCACAAUUUGUGUAACUAUUGUAACUGUAACAGCUUAUUUAUUAUUCAACUCGAGCUUAAGAUGAUUUAUAUUGUUAGGUGGCUAUACAAGAGAUGUACAGUCAUGUUCAUUGUAUAGUGUUGUAAUGUCUUGUACAUGUACCAUUAUUAUGAUAUGAAUAAAAAAAAACAUGGGAGCUUUGAUAUUGUUGGCGUUGGCUGCAACCCAACGAGCGGAGCAUUGGUUUAAAGAGGCUCAUCCACGGUGUGGUGAAGGUGAACGUUGUGCAUUCAGGUACCCGCUUCAGUGGUAAGUAAAACAAAUAUAUAAACCCGCAUUCGAGUGACCAUCUUAACACGUUGACUUUCACCCACCAAUCGUAAACUGUCCAACGCAUAGACACGCAUGCCAAUGUAAGGCAAACCAUGUCGGGAGCGGGGGAGGGGGGGGGGCUUUACUGAGGUCGUUCAUGACGAGAAAAGCAAAACCUGUAGUUGAUAUUCCGCAGUAUAUUAUUGUAAGUUGUUUAGAGUGUAUUAAAUAGGCGCAAGGAGUAACGUUGUCUCAGUGUCAUUGGCUCUGUGUCGUGAUGUGCCCACAUCAAUGUUAUCUUUUUACGAAUAAAGGUUCGUUUACAUGACAGAAAUGUAGUUUGAGCAAUGCGCGUGACAGUCAAAGCCAACGCGGGAAUAAUAAAAAUAAAUGUUUAUUUUACGUCUCAAA